GUCCACGGUCGGUCAUGAUCUCGGUCAUUGGCUCUCGAUCAUGGAUCAUUAACAUUAUCUGCAGAAAUCCCAUUUUUUGUUGCGCCGCAUUGUUGGCUUCUGGGAGCUUAAAAGGUGACAGAGCAUCUGGUCACGUUUUUGGUUGUGUUGGUUCGCAACAGAAAAUCCAUUAUCCCAGACCAGUAUCAUCCAUCAUGUUUCAGGAACACCCCUAACAGCGCCCAAAAUCUUGUAUAGCAAAUACGUGCUUGGGCCUCGGGGGAAGCAGUACUGAAAGGAUGCUUGUUCGCUUGAUGACUGGUUUAGCUGAUCCAGGGUCUCGUCACGUUCAAGUUCUGUUAGAAUUCGAGGUGACAUUUCGAACGGUGCUCAACAGCAAUCUCGGCAAACUCGUCGGGUUUGCUAAAGUUUGUGCACACUGCAUUUAUGAUUGCUUCUGUGAUGAUAUUAAAACUACUGACGUUGUUGUAGUAGAUCCCCUGGAUAUCACCGCUAUGGCUUCUAAAUCCACCACAGGUCUCCCGUUAGAUUCUGCCAAUAUAAUGUCAACAGUUCUGGAAGGCAUUUUAUACGGCUUUUCAGUCCUCAUGUUUAUAGGUACCAUCUGGACAUUCACUUACAAACAACGCAUCCGGGACAUCAAUCGGCCAAUCGCUGUGGUUGCCAUAUUGCUAUUUGUACUCAGUACUGCGCACAUGAUCGUAGGUAUUGUGCGUCUCGAAGAUGAACUAGUGAAGUACGGCAACACCUUCCAUGACGGGCCAGCCGGGUUUUUCGCAGACGUUACCCAACAAACAUUUUUGAUCAAGAAUACGAUAAUUACCUUACAAACUCUGCUUGGCGAUGGAGUAGUGAUCUAUCGAUGCUAUUUCGUUUGGCAAUCUGUCUGGAUUAUCAUCCUACCAUGCAUGAUGUGGUGUGGCGUCGCAGCGUUCGGGAUUUGUAUGGUCUACGUGCAAGCACCGACUACUAAUGCCAAAAAUGUCUUUGGCAACAAGACUGGACAUUGGAUCACAGCGUUCCUGUCCUUGACGCUUGCAACUAAUCUACUCAGCUCAGAGUUAUUGGCAUACCGCAUCUGGACGAUCGAAUGCAAUGUCUCUGGAGCUUACGCCACGAAGAACAAAAUGCCUAUAUUACGGGUGCUCGUAGAUGCCGCGCUUAUAUACUCUGCAGCGCUUUGCGCCUCACAGCAAGAACAUCCAGGAAUGCCUCUCGGCUACUGUUUGCGGAGGGAGAAAACGAGUCGGACCGAAGAAUGUCAUUGAGAUGUCCUGUGCAGCCUUCGAUGCAGAUUGGAUACGAGAAAGAUGAUAUCCUCCUGACCGACAGAGACAGCUUAAAGAUAGAUGCGACCUUAUCUACCCAAGUAUAAUUUACUGAAUUCCUUUGAAUUGUAUUACUAUAUCCUCCCGCUUGAAGGACGGUGGCCACCUCAUUAAGGAACGCCUUGGCACGAGGCCUUGACCGUGUACUCUACUUUACCGACUUAU